CCGCGCCAGAUCAACAGCGCCUUACACAAUCAAGCAGGACAUACAAUUGGCGAAUUGCAACAUGCGGCAAAACCACCGCUUGGAUGGAUCUGGGGCAAUUUCUAUCUUCCCUGGCAACGGCUUUUCCCCGGCGAAGAGCAUUUCAACGGUGACAUCAAGUAUGUUUUCAGCAAGGCGCAGCUAUGCCAGGCCUUCUAGACCAUAG